AUGGAUCAUUCCUAUGACAGUUUGGACAUGGAUGUCCGGAACGAUAACCUCUCUGCUCGUUCAAUGCGCGUGGUCAAGCAAGAGCGCACUGUUGUCAUUGACCGGGAUGAAAAGUCCCGGAAACAGAGAAAGAGAGCUCUAGUUGCAUGCAAUCGAUGCCGGAAAAGAAAGAUCAAGUGCAACGGUGAUCUCAACACCGGCCUGGCCUGUACAAGCUGCCGUACUGUGGGAGCUACCGAAUGCCAGUACUCAAGAGUCAACUCUCUAUCUCCGGAAGAGGUAGCAAGAUGCUUCGUAAAAUCAACAAACGGGAGAUCAACCCUUCUCUCCAUGGGCUCUCCUCAAAUACGGGCUCCAUACCAACGAGAAGAGUACGACAUGGAUCAUUCCCAGUCCAACUUCUCACGACAACCCGUCAUGGACUCUCUGAACUAUGAUGAUCAAUCAUCAACCUAUCCCCAUCCAUCAAACUACCUGCUCUCCAACAACCCAGCAGACUACCCAUGGGCCAACCGCUGGGAUCCAGCCCUAAGACCCGCAACCAGCGAGUUCUUCGAAGAGCCCAUGCCCCAAGCCUACAACUUCGUCCUACCCCAAUCCCAACCCCAGGCCCAAGUCCAAGUCCCCCAAGUCAUCUCAACCGACGCACCAACAACCUACCCGGACACAGACCGCACCCUUCCAACCCCAACAUCCCGCCCAAGCCCCCCAGACCUCCUCAUGACCGACACCAAACCCUUCUGGCCCCGCUACCCAGAAAGAAUGCCCUAUCAACAAACUCAGCCCCAACCGCACUCGCAACCACGCAUCAAAUCCGACGACCCAGACCUAGUCUUCAACUACAUCCCGAUGGCAACAACCGACGAGCCAACCCCCAUCCCAGCACCAACCCCCUACCUCGAGGAACUAGACUACAGCACUGACCGGCGCUACCGCGACGCAGGGCAGCGCGUGCUGGCCCUCUCAUCAGACUGCACCCCAGACGUGUACGGGUACAGCAGCGGGCGGAAGAACGAGCGCGCAACCCUCAUGAACGGCCUUGCGUAUACGCGCGUCCGACAUCCGGACUCGUAUUCUUUUUUGCCGGAUUCCAUGGCUGACUAUGGGCGUCUUGAUGUGCAUCGUGCGCCUACUUUGCCGCUCGGUCAUCAGGACGCUUACUGA